AUGGCCCGCCGCGGCCUCCAGGCGCUCCACGAGAUCUGCGCCGGCGACCCCGAGGGCGUCGCCGUCAAUUUGCUAGAUGCGCACCUGCGUAACAGUACGGAACCCGUCACCGUCGACGACGUCAGCGAGCAGAUGAGCCUCCUGGGCAUCUCCGACAAGUCGCUGGCCUGGAUCGGCGCGCGCGCGGCGCUCUGGCGCCGCGCGGACUGGGCGCGCUACCGGACCGCCGAGGGCCACCUCUACUACUUGAGGGACGACGGCGUCUCGCAGUGGGAGCACCCGUUGCAGAACGAGCUGCGGCAGCUCUACGACGCCGCUCGUCAUUCCCCGCUGGCCCGGCCGCCGCCGCGCGGCGGCUACGACGCGCAGUUCGCGAGUUCGCGGCGGUCCAGCGCUUCGAGCCCGACGGCCGGACGCCGCCCACGCGUCGAGAGCCCCGGGGGCACGCUCGUGGACUCGGACGAGACACCGGGGUGGACCCGGACGACGGGCGCCCUCGGCGGCCAGACGGCGCGGCGCCGUGCGGCGUGCGCGGCGGACGGGCUCGUGACCGACGCCGCGUCCGCCGCGUCGUCGGCGUCGUCGUCGCCGCGGGGCCACCCGGAGCAGAAGAGCGCGCCGCGGGCCGAUACGUUCGAUACGGGCCCGACGUCGCCGCUCACCGCCGAGAGCGGCAACGCGGACCUCGCCGCGAACUUCGCGAACAUGCAGGGCAAGCUCGAGGCGCUGCAGGCCCGGAUGCUCGAGCCGACGCUUGUGGAGGAUGAGCGCCGAGCUGCGAACGCGGCCUUCGCCGCGGCGAGUUCCGAAGCUCAGAGACUGCGGGCCGCGCUGGACGCCGCCGAGGCCGCGCGGGACCGCGCCGAGGGCGACCUCAAGGCCGUCCGGGCCCACGCGGCGGCCCAACAGUCGCGAGAAGCCCGCGAGCGCGCCGCCGCCGCGGAUCGCGCCACCGAGAAAAUUGAUGCGGCGCGCAAUGCAGCAGUCGCGGCCGACGCCGCGGAGAAGAUCGCGCGACGCGACGCGAACGCGCUGGCGGCCCAAAAGGCGGACGUGGCGCGCGCGGCCGCGGCGGCGCACGCCGCGGCCGCGUUCCUGUCCGGCAGCCGCUUCCGCGCUCUAUUGAAGGCCAACGAGCAGCUACGAGGGGCGCUCGCGACGCAGGAGGCGCAGCGCGCGGCGGCGGCGAAGCGCGUCGACGUCCAAAAGCGCGCCGACGCCUCAACUCGCGACGCGCUCGAGACGGCGACGAAGCGGAUCAUCGCGGAGAAGAGUCGAGUCGCGGAGGAGGCGUUGGAGGCUAUGCACGACGCGCGCGCGGCGCUCGGCGCCGAACGCGUGGCGAAGGACGCGCGCGCGGUCGUUGCCGAAGCUUGGCUCGCCGACGCGCUCGUGGCGUGGGACGCAGACGCGGCUGAAAAUGCGGCGGCGCGGGCGGCCUUGGCCGCGCGCGUCGAGGAGCUCGUCGCGCUCAACGCGAAGGCCGAGUCGCGGCUUGAGAACGUCAAGCGCGACCGGGACUACUUCCGGUCGAAGGUCGCCGUUGCCGCGCGAGCAGAGGAGCCGCCAGCGCCCCCUCCCGAAGAGCGGCGCAUGGGGCGCGGCGCCGGCGGGGGGCCGCGGCCGCCUCCCGGCCCGCCGCCGGCAACUCCUCCGCCGGCGGACGGCGAGUCACCGGUGCUAGUUGUGUAA